AUGAAGGUAGUUAAAGGUACAAAUACAGGAGAUAAAACUAAUUAUAAUUAUUCAAAACCAACACCUCCACCAUCAGUUCCACUUGAUGAACAACAAUUUGAUGAUACAGAUGAAGAUUGGCAAAUAUCAAAAACGAAUCGUUUACAACAAAAAUUUAAUGAUAAUAAUCAAAUAAUUAAAAAGAUUGUUUCACCAACUUAUGAAAUGCAAAUAAAUGAAGAUAAUAAUGAAAUAUCUAUUAAACCACAACCAGCUAUACAACAACAAACACGAACAUUAGCACAAAUAAGAGAACAACUUGCAUUAAAACGAAAAGCAUCUGCUGCAGCAGCUUCAAAUUCAUCAAUGAUGACAAAUAAUCCAUCUUCUAAUUCAAUGAUUAAUAUUAUUAAAUCAGAAAUAAUUACACAAAAUGAUUCUAAUGAACGAACAAUAUCUUCAUCUAUAACUAAUAAUCCAUCAAUAGAACAAGUUGAUAGAAUCCUACCUUCAUCUAUGUUCACCAAUCAAUCGUCAAAUGAUUCUCUUCUUUUGAAUACGACUACUACUACUACUAAUAAUAAUAAUAAUACCAAUAAUAAUCCAGUAACACAAUUUUUAUUCGACGAUUUUACUGAAACAUUCGAUUCAUUUACGGCAUCAAUGAUUGAUAAUAUCAGUGAAUCAACAACAACAACAACAACAAAUAAUCAUCAAAGAAAUAUUCAAAUUGAACAAGAACAACAAACAAAAAUAAAUUUAAAUAAUCAAAUUACACUUGAUUUUAAUAGUAUUUUACAAGAAUUAAAAUCUGUUGGUGAAGCACAUCAACCAGAACAACAAACAACAAUGAUUGUUGAAAAUAUUACAGCUAAUAUUAAACAACAAUCACAAAUAAAUACAAAUUCAAAUAAAACAGUAUCUUCAGUCAAAUAUGAACCAUCAACAUCAAUAUCAUCAUCAUCAGAUGAUCUUUUUGCAUUUCUUUCAUCAGAUUCUGCUCUAUCAUUACCAAGUAUAAAUACAAUGAUGCUUUCAACAAUUCCUACAUCAACUAUAACAAAUUCAUCUGUUCGUACACCGAAAAAAAAAGGAACUAAAGGAGAUAAUUUAUCACCGAAAAUAAAAAAAGAAUCUAGUGGAAUAAUUAAAACAAAAACAAUUAAAAGAACUAAAAAAGAAACAACAACAACAACAACACUUAAUGGUGAAUCAUUACAACAAAUUUUAAUUAAAACAAAUGGUGAUUUUAUUGAACCAAUGCAUAUUGUUCUUGCAUCACCAGUUAAACCACAACAAUCAACAACAUCAUAUUCUCCAAUAGCACCAGCAACAAAUAAAAAAACUACUAAUGAAACAGCAACAACAAGUUGGAUGACAACAAAUAUUUCUCAAACAACAAAAAAUGCACAAGCACUUGCAUUAAAAGCUGUUGCAAGAAAUCAAGUAGCAAAAAUUAAUCAACAACAACAACAACAACAACAAGCAAUGGAUACUGGUAAUUAUGAUGUAUCACGUCCAACUUUACUUGUAACACGCACAGAUUCUUCAACACAACAACAGACAUUACCAGCUCGUGUAAAUGCAUUUGUAGUAAAUGUUCCUCAACAACAAUCUGCUAAAUUCAUUCCUUCAACUAAUACAACAUUAACACCACAACAACAUGUAUUUUUACAACAAAUUAUGCGUUGUGAUUCUUCAACAGCAGUUUCAGAACCAACAACAACAACAUCUAUAGGAAAUCUUGUACAACAACAACAACAACAACCAAUAUCUACAACUGUUCGUGUACCAACAACAACAUCAACAACAACAUUUAUUUCUCAACAACAAUUAUCAAAUGGAAAUGAAUCAAUACGAAAACAACAAUUAUUUGAUGUACUUUCAACAUCAUUAUCAACAAGUCGUACAACAAAUUAUAAAUGUACAUGUGAAUGUAAACCAUUAAUUGCUUGUAAAAAGUGUGGUGCUUAUUGUCAUGAUGAUUGUAUUGGACAAACAAAAUUAUGUGGCAAUUGUCUUGUUAUAGCUCCUUGUUAA